AUGGACACCUCCUACCCACGGGAGGACUACCUGCCCACGCCGUCCCACAAGCGGGAGCCGUCUCCCACCGUUCUCGCUGUCGGUGCCUCCCCGCCGCCCCGUGACCACCUCAUCUGGUCCGUCUUCAACACCAUCUACAUGAACUUCUGCUGCCUCGGCUUCGUGGCGCUCGCCUUCUCCGUCAAGGCGCGGGACCGGAAAGUGGCCGGGGACGUGGAAGCUGCUCGGCACUUCAGCUCCAAGGCCAGGUGCUACAACGCCCUGGCCACGGCGGGGAGCGUGGUGCUGCCGCUGCUGCUCACCGCCCUGGUCAUCACGGGCGUCAUCCACCUCUCCAAGCUCGCCCAGGAGUCCGUCGGCUUCUUCACCUACCAGUUCAGCGGGAGCAACGAGGAGGACAAGUGACCGGCGGGCGAAGGGCUUGUAGAAACUCCUUCGCAUCACUGGUGGCCCCCCCAGAAAGACCACUGGUCCAGCAUAACCCAGCCGCCACGCCGGGCCACGUCCACAAGCUUUCACACCCACCGGGCAGCGUGCGGCCGGGGGGGGGGAGGCAGCCCCACAAGCUUCUCCCGCACUGCUGCAUCUCCCCUCACCCUCCCCUGCCUGGUCCAGCACCCCCAGCCCCGCAGUGCCCAUCCCAGCUCCCGGCCACGCUUUUUGGGGCAGCUCGAUUGUUUUUGUUUACCCUGUUUUGGUUUUUUAGCUCCCUUUAUCCCGUGCGGAGCACAGCAUCCCUCCAGCCUCAGCAAUCACUAUUUAAAUCAUUAAAAGUUUCACACGU